UCUCCCACUUCUCCUUCCUCUCCUCCAUAGGCGGCCGUUUUUCCUCGUCCUCAUCCCACAACCUGGAGCAUUUUCCCUCUGCAAGAUCGAAAUACCGUUUCUUGCCGCGACGAACGUAGUCCUCUCACUUCCCAUAAUUCUCCUCCUGCCACUUUCUCUGGUCCACCUCCGAGGCAUCUGAUGGCGUUCCUCCACCCGUCCUUAGAAACCGUCGCGUGUAAAUUACCCGGGCUCUCAGCAGACCCCUUCGAAGCGCCAAGUCGUGAGGUGGACCCCGUCGCGCCGGCUGACCCUCUCCUCCCCUCCCCGCAUUUCACGGACGUCGGCAGCGCCCAAGACUCGGCAACAGCAGCAGUUUUGGCGGCGGCGGCGGCAGCCAUGCAGCAGGAGUCGCUGCUGCGUCGCCAGCGCAUGGCAGCGUCUCUCUGCUCCGCGGGGUUCCCCUUCUCUUCCGCGCUCGCCUCCCCCUCCCCCCUCUCCUGGCAAUCCCGCCUCUCCAACCCCCUCCUCAACUCCUCCUUCCUCUCCUCCACAAUCGACCCGCUCGGUCCCUCCGCGGCGCAAAUGCAACUUCUCGAGUCUAUGGUCGCCGCGACCUCGCCCACCGGAACCGUUUCUUUUCUCAACUCCUCCCUCCUCUCCCAUUCGAUGAACGCAUUUACCCCCAGCGCCAAGCGCGCCGCACCCGACGCCUCCGCGAGCGACUCGAAGACGCAGCGUCCGCGGAAGCGCGGGCGUCCGUCUUACAAGGACCGCGCGGCGGCGGCUGCGGCGGCUGCUGCGGAGGUCGACGCGAAGAAGGCUGCUGCGAGGGCGGCGCUGCGCGAGUCGGCGUUCGGAAGCAGCGCAAUCGACAGCGAACACGUGACGUCCCUCGGCGAGAAUGCGGCUUCCGCACCUGCCUCACUUCCUCACCGCAGAAUGCCGCGCAUUCUCCCCCGCGCCGUCCCCAUGCGCGCGCCUCUCGUGCCCGGUUUGACGCAGGUCCCCGACUCCGCGGCCUUGAUGGCGGGGCUGCUCCCCCAUGCCAGCUCCGCCGACCUUUCCGCCGCCCUUCACGCCGCCUUGGAGCAGGCGCGCUGCCGCGCAGCUUUCGCGGAGGCCGCCGCCGCUGUGGGGCCGUCGCUGGAGCAGCGCGCGCAGCUCUGGAUGGCGCGACUCACCGCCGCCGGCGCUUGCAACGGCGCGCUGCUGCGCGGGUUUCCCGCAGUUGCCCCUUCCGCAGUUGACGCCGCAUUGUCCGCUGGUAUGCCGCUCAACCACCGAGCCGCUGUGAGCGAGGCGAAUCUUGCUGCCGCCGCUGGGCUUCUCGCCGCGAAAGGCGGCGAGGCGAGCUUCAAAGACGCUGUUUUCAGCAAGCUCGCUUUGGCCUCGCGCGCUCAGCAGCACGAUGGCGUCGACCAGUCCGAGUUGCAUGGAGUCGCGUCAGGUGCUAAGGAGCUUUCCCCGCCGGCCAAUGGCGGCGCGGGAACUGGCGGCUCGUCCGUGACUGACGUGGCAGGGAACCAACUCGCCGGCGGCGCGUCGGUGGGCGCCGUUCCUCCGCUGCCCGCGGGAGUGCUGGCCAUCGACUGGAUGUUCGGGAGCGGGCCGGCGAGCACGAAAGAAUCGCGUUUUUUGCUGCCCGAAGCGGCAGCUGAUUUGGAAGAGCACGGCGACGAGACGGCACCGUCUCUGCAAUCGCAGCUCAAGGGACAAGGCACAGCAGAAGGGCCAGCAGCAGCAGCAGCAAUGGCGGCAGCAGGAGCAGCAGGGAGCAGCAGGGGCCCGUCCCCCACCUCUACCACCUUUUUCCGGCGACAGCCGACGGACUCGUCUUCGUCCCCCCCGGCUGUUGUCGUGGCGGCGGCCUUUGAGCUGCUCGCAAAGAACAUGGGUCCCCCUCCCCCCCCUCCUCGGCCCCUCUCCUCCCUCCCUGCUGGUGUCUCUGCGUCUGCUGCUGCCGCUGCUGUUGUUGGGCGCAGCAUCUCGGAUGAGCCGAGCUCAAUGGCUGCUUCUGCGCCGCAGAUGUUUCCCCGUGUGAAUUCUCAUCCUUGUGCUGCGGCUGCUGGUGAUGCUGGCGAUGCUGGUGCUGCGAAGGGCGGCGACAUGCGGAGCGUAAUGAUGAUGGUGGAUGAAGAGCUCAGGAGCCUGCGACAGGCUGGCGCUACAGGCGCGGCUGUAGCGACAGAAUCCCCCAUGCAAGGCGUCAGCAGGAGGAACAACAGCAGCAGUGCAGCUGCUAGUGCGUACUCCAUUCCUGUGCCGGCUUACCUCGCUGUUCCUGCUGGUGCUGAUUCCAGCAAGGGAGGUGAAGCUUGCAGAAGGCAGGAGAGCAUAGCACCGAUGGAUCUCAUGCCAACCUCUGCUUCAGAUUGCCAUGUUUUGAGCCAGGCUGCUUUGGAUCUCACACUAAAGCUGUGAGACUUUGUCUGGCUAGUGCUUUUAGGGACUUGCCUUUUUCUUUGCUGUUUUUUUUUUUUUUUUUUUUUUUUUUUUUCCUUCCGUGUACUGGAAUGCAUGGCUGGCUGACUGUCGCCAUGCCCAGUGAAAUUUGCAC